GAGGAGUUUGGGGCUGUGAGUAAGUCCCCUUGGGGUCAAACCUGUGGACGUGGGCAGGGGCAGACUCUAACAGAACUCUGGUGGGCUGGGGCAGCAGUGUGAUCUUCGAUCCUGGGUGUCAGCCGUCACGUCUGAACAGGUGGUUUCUUCCAAGGCCAUGGAAUCCUCUGCAGGGACUGGGACGCCUCAGCCCAAAUACUGCAGUGUGGCCACAACCCUGAAGCCCCCUUCCUGGACUGGCCCUGCUCCUCCCUGGGAACUCUCCUGCACCUGUCCCUUUGCCAUCCAAGCACCCUGGCUCACCCGGCACAACCUCCUCACCAGAUAUGUAUCUUACCAACCAUGUCUCCACAUUGCUGACUCAGCAUGGCAGGGGCCUGGCUGGUUGGGAAGAGUUGGAGAUGCUGCUGACACAUGGGUCCUGGCGAGAAGGGGACCAGAUGGCUUUUAUUACCGGGCUCAGAGAAAGGCUGCUCCAGAGCUGGAGAGACAGGGGGCUCUGCUUGUGGAAUUUGAGGUUCCCCUCAUCACAGACCCAAAGCUGCCAGCCCAGUGGCAGAGCAUAGUCUUAGAAGAGGAUGUCAUUCAGUGCUUGCCACCCAUGGACUACUCACUGGAACCUGGGGACAAGGUGCUUGCACCCUGGGAGCCAGACCAACAGCGGUACGGCCCUGGCACUGUUAUCUUGGGCUCGGGGACAAGAGAGCCCCAGCGAGCAUGGAAAGGAAGAGAAAUUACUGUUCACUUUUGGAAUGGCAACACAGCGACCGUGCCUCUAGGCAGGGUUCAGUGGGUGCCCCUGGCUGUCUGGAAGAAGGCUGUGGAGAGGCUGCACAAGCCUUUAAUCCAGGAGCACCCCAGGCCCCUCCUCUGGGCCCCUUGCUGCUCUCUGUGGGGACCAGCCACCGGAUGUGUCACCAGUGGGCCUUCUCUGGGCACUCCAUUCCCAUGUCCUCCCUGCGUCCCCCCCGCCUGCUGCCAACUGCUGUGCCAGGGCUGCCUCUGCUGUUGCUCCCUGGCUGGACCUACCUGGUGGCCUCUAACCAGGACCUCAGGGGGCACGGCCAAAGAAUGUUCGGAGGUGGAACCGAAGCCCCCAACACAGCUUUUGCCCCUAGUGCAUCCUAAAGAAGAUGAAGCUUCAGUGCGAGCUCCCCUGGGUGUUUCUUCCUCCUCCUCUUCAUCUUCUGAAAAGGAUUUGGAGACUGAUCUGCAGAUGGGCCUCCCCCAGAGGCUGAUGGUGGACGGUACAGUCAACACAGACCUCGUCCUUCCUGAGAAGUGUCCAAGGAGGCAGGGUGGCCUCCGCCAGCCUGGGUGGAGAUACUGGAGAAACGGGUCUGAGCCGCAUCCUGGGAAGCUAGGAGCAGGAAAUGGCACCAUCUGGAAAGAAAAGAGGAGCAACAAAGAGCCAAGAGUACAAGCUAUAGUGAUGGGGAAUACCAGGGAGCUGGUCCUGGAAGCAAGUGGCGUGAAGCCACCACAUAUCCUGCCACAAGAUGAACACAGAAAACAAAGUCAGGCAACAGCGACACACCAGAGGGACCAGAAUGCUCUCAGACUAAAAGCCUUGAGGAGCCAGGAAGCUAAAAGAGCAGCAGUGAUAAAUACCUGAGGAGGUGUUACCAAGUGGCUGCCAAGUCCUCCUGCAACGGACGGGGACAGAAAGCAGGCCACAUGUGAUGGGUGCAUAAGCAGUUGCAACCUCAUGCUCUACAACUUCCCUGCAGAUGAGGGGCACAGGCACGUGGUGGUCCUGGCCAGGGUUCCCUGUGAGGGACCUGGGCGGGGCUACUUCUCUUCCACAGAAGCUGCAGGGCCUGGAUGGUCUGCUUUGGGCAAAUGUGUCCACAGCCUCUCUGCCACCUUUUCAUAAACCUACAGCUGACCAUGAACGACACUGUUUCACCUCUUCAUGCCAAUAAAAAGGAACUCUCUUCAUUUCCAAA